AUGCAACCUAAGCAACCUGAGGAGCGAUCAGUUUCCAAAUGGGACCCUACCAUUGAUGGAUACCUCAAGUUUCUUGUGGAUAGCAUGGUUGUUUUUGACACUCUUGAGAAGAUCAUCCAACAUGUUAGUUACAAUCAUGAUGAAUUCAGGAACACAGGGUUGGAAAGGUGUGCAAAUUUGGCAAAAGAUUUGAAGUGGUUCAAGGAAGAAGGUCAUGCCAUCCCAGAACCUUCUUCACCAGGUCUUAACUAUGCCAAGUAUCUCAAGGACGAGCAAGCCUUUAUCUGCCACUUUUACAACAUCUACUUCGCACAUUCAGCCGGUGGAAGAAUGAUUGGGAAAAAGAUAACAGAUCAGAUACAUGUAGCUGAAAAGUUGCUUAACAAGAAAGAGUUAGAGUUUUAUAAAUGGGAUGGCAACCUUUCCCAGUUGUUACAGAACGUGAGGGACAAGCUGAACAAAGUUACUGAAGGAUGGACUGAAGAAGAAACGGAGAAAACAUUCAAGAUGUCAGGCGAGGUUCUCCGUUUGAUACUGUCACGAUCAUAGGCGCUGCUGCCAUGAUACCUCUCGGAAUAACAAUGAAGGACACAUCAGUGCACGCGGCUUCCAUCUGGUGCGAUUUGCAGAAAGUAAAUACAUGCAAUGACUAUCUUAAGGAUUUAAAUUCAUAAUAUUGGCUGAGAUCCAUCUUCACCUGUAAUAAUAUACCAAUGAAAUCAAAAAGCAACAUGUAACUCAGAUAUUGGAGUUGUACUGUCAUUAUAAUUAUAUAAUUAAAUAUUUUCUGUCUGGUGCAUU